AUGGUUGAUGACAUUGAACCACCUAAACCUACCCCUAUAUUUGGAAAUGGGACGUCAUUGGUAACUAAUGGAAUUAACAAUUCUUCAUUAGCUGCACUAAUGCAUUCAAAUAUUCAAUCAUCUUCUUCUACAACAGCGGGUCCAAGUUCUCUAUUCCUCGGAACUCCUCUUUCUACAAUGCUUCUUGCGAGUAAUCAACAACAACAACAAAGCUCAGGAAGUAGUUCUAGCAGUGUUGGUGGAGGAAUGGGGUCCUCUGGAUGUAAUGGAAGGUUACAACCUAGACAAAGAAGGAAAGUUCCUGAUGGCGAACUAUGUGCUGUAUGUUCGGACAAAGCAACAGGCUAUCAUUAUGGUGUUGCAAGUUGUAAUGGUUGUAAAACAUUUUUCCGAAGGACGAUAGUUUCUGAACAUAGUUUUGUUUGUCAAUAUAAUGGAAGUUGUGAUGUUACUAGAAAUGUUAGAUGUGCUUGCAGGCAUUGCAGGUUUCAAAAAUGUGUUGCCGUCGGGAUGGACGCCAGAGCGAUACAAAAUGAUCGGGACAGAAUCGGCCCAACAAAGAUGCGUUUAUCUUCUGGCGGGGCAGUUGAGGGUAGAAAACGCAGUUCUGUCGAUGAGGAUCAACUUUCUGUGGCUUCUUUAUCACCACAAAUGAGACAACAAGACGGGAAAUUGUUGGAACACAUUGUUGCAAUAGAAAACCUUUGUAAUGUUCUUCGCAAUUGCUGUCUUGAAGAAAGCAAAGGUGUGAGAGAAACAUUGACACAGCCUUCAUUACUUUUCCAAGCACAAAACUUACGAAAAGAUGUCAAUACAAUUUUUAAAGACCUUUAUCCAGCUUCCAUGAAUGAUAUCCAAAUGUGGAAUAUUAGGGAGCUCAGGCUUUGUUUGGAAUGGGCUAAGACUUUUGAUGAAUUUCAACGACUUUCUGACAAUGACCAAUUUUCGCUAGUCCGAAACUUCGCAUUCACUUAUAACAUCCUGAACAGAGUCUUCUAUUCAUUGGACUACGGACCAGAUAAAAUAGUUUAUCCCAAUGGCGCAUAUAUUUUAAGACAACCCCAGGAUAGUGUUAAAAUACCUGGAUGUCGAUCAAUAUAUCAUCGUCAAAUGGAUGACGCUCUAGAUUUGUCUCACGAAGUUCGGGAAAAUAUUGGAAAUGAAAGGACAAAAUAUCUUACCGUUCUUUUCCAAAUAAUUGUUGAAAGACACAAUACAAGCUUUGGAGUUCAAAAAUAUGGAAAUAUGUUGAUGAUGUCUCAAUCAAUUCAGAACAUCAUUGACCAAAAUGAUGAAAAUAUGCAAGUUAUGGAAGUUUUUGGACAUUUUUGGCGAAUUAAUGGGUUUGUUAAAGAAUUGUGUAUGAAAUGAAAAUAGAAGGAAGUAUUUAAAAAUAAAAGAAAGACGGGGACAUUUAAUAAAAAUUAAUUAAUAAAAAUCAAAAAAUAACAGAAACGCAUCAAAGAAUCUUUUUUACAAGCGUAACCUCUUAAACGCGGACCUCACUCUUUAUCAUUACAAAAAAUUCCUUUAUUUAGUUACUAUAUCACUUUCUAAUUUGCACUUUCUAUUUAAUAUUUUUUAUAUAUUUACUAAGUACAACAACAAUUUAAUAUUUUAAAUUUAAUUAAUUUUGUAUUUAAUUUUCUCUACGAACAUGUAUGUAUCUAUCUCUUUUCUAUAUUCCAAAAAAUCUUUCAGCCCGCUGUUUUAACAUACAUCAGUACAUACAUUCUAUUUUUAUACAUGGUUCCUGCCAUAGUACUUA